UCCAAGAUGGCGGACGGAAUGAGUUUAGUAUGAGUUAGGCAUAGCGAUCUGUUGACAAGGGUCGCCUUUCGGGCUACUUUGGGGAAAGUGGAGAUCGCAAACACCACGGCGCGGUAUGCAAGACUCCAGGGAAGCCGGGGACGUGCAAAAAACCGGAGGAAAAGACACUACAUAUGCCGUACGUACUCAGGCCCCGUGCCAGUGCAAUGGCAGAACGCCUGUGGAGCCCGCAGACGCUGACUGAUGCCACCGCGGCCUCUCCUAGGAUGGAGGAACACAGGUGCAGAAUGGUCAGACGCGGUAUCCGUGCCCAGCCACAAGGACCCAGCUACUGCAAGUACGAGUGGAACCUGGCAGGGGAGUCCAACUACGUCCCCACCGCCUCGGGCGCGCUGGGGAUGAUGGGAUUUAUCCAGCAGCUGUUGUUGUUCUGUUGUUUGGUCUUGACCUUAGGGUUUUGGUGAAUAGAACGAUACUGAACGAAGUUGCUCUCAUAUCGCUUGACUAGUAUACUUUACACUCCUACUUCACUAGGGUGGCGACAUCGUUGUAGUGAAAAUGUGGGAUGCAUACUGUCUCAUUUGGGGCCAUCGAAAUACAAUCUACAUCAAUCAAUGUAUGAUUGUGUUGUUGCAGAAAAACGAUAGCAUAGAUUGAUUUACUCUCACCUACUUCGCUGCGGUGAAGUAAGACUUUGUAGUUCACUGUUAAAGGUUAAGUGCGUAAGUAAUUUGCAAUAUUCGUCGUCGAAAAAAGGAUUGUCAUCUUUCUUUUUUCAUGCGCUGUAGUUUCUGAAUUUUGCAUUACAUUUUCUUGUUUUCCUGAA